UACCGGAGUUGAUAACGGAGAGCUCCUUCCUCGGAUCUGUUACCUGUGCAAACAAACGGAAAUCCUUUAAAACUCUUACAAACUCUUGUUUCAGACGGCUGAUUGUUUCGGAGAGCAAUUAAACAAUCAGUAAAACAACCAAAUAUAUCAUUGAUAUAUUGGAGAUGGAGGCACCGCCGGGUGGUCUCGGGCGCUGUUCCUGCGCGUUCUGGCUCGCCGUGUCUUUUGACGUUCUUGGUCUCGUCAUACUAUUACUGGGCGUAUUUGGGAAUGUAUUUUUCUACGAUUUUCUCAUAUAUGCAGGCGCAAUCAUCAUUUUCCUGAGUCUCAUUUGGUGGGUGUUCUGGUACACGGGUAAUAUUGAGGUUCCCCCGGGGGAGCUCGAGGAUGAUGUGGGUUUGCUGAAGAAGGGCAGAGGUUUGGCAGGGGUUGUGAGGAGGUUUUCCACUCGUCUCUCGAGCGGAAUCAGAAACUCUUUGAGGAGAAACGGGGUGACACGAGGUCAAGGUGCAGCUCCCGGGCAGGCAAAACCCAAAAGGGAAGGCGGUCGUCAAGUACCAGUGGCGCUAGAAAUGACCUCCCCAGAUAAUUUGAGCACUGUUUCUGCAACAGUGACUGGAGAAACCCUCAGGACAAAAACACAGACCAUAUGAUCCAGCAUGUAGAGAUCACAAAAGAGCAUGUGACACGGCCUAAAUGGAUUUUUAUUAUGUUUCUUUAUUUUUUUUACUCUUUUAAGAUUACCCAUCCUGUUUAAACACUAUUUUGUUUGUCUUUAGUGUUUUAUUGAAAAAGUUUACAUCUGCAUUGUAUUUUUUACUGUUUUGUUAAUUUGAUAAAUUUUGUGUUUUGCGCUUUGUACACACCAUUUUUGAGAUUAUGCACAUACAAGAAUUGCUGUAAGAGUAAAUAAACAACAUUGUGUAUUUUCCUACA